UUGUACCAUGUGACCAAACAGUCACAUGGUCUGCUGACAUCACCAGAGUCCUUCUACUGGGUAGGAACUUGCCGAUACCCAGCCGGGAGGUUGACAUCACCAGAGUCCUUCUACUGGUUUUCAACAUAAGCAUGGAACGUUUACUAUCUGAAAAUGAUCCGCCCCCGUUUUGGUGUCAUAUCUGUAAAAUUUCCUGUGCAUCAGCAUUAAAUCUUCAUACCCACUUUCUGGGUGCAAAGCACAAGAAGGUGGAAGAAUCUCUUAGAAGUUAUGUAUAUGAAGAAGAAUCAAAAAAGGAAGAAAACGAAGUAGAAAAUAAAGAACUAGAGCAAGCGGCAGUGCCUGGAGAAACACUGAUGGAUCUUCUCAAUGCAUGCAGAACCACAGAACCUGCAGUUGGUCUUGAGCACAUCUAUGAGUACCACACAGAAGGAAGGGAAGGAUUUUGUAUUUAUGAGUGCCGAAUGUGCCACUGCCAGACUGGAGUUUCAAACAUGUUCAUGCAUGUAGUUGGAGCUAAACACAGAAUUAUGUACUUGAGCAAAUACCAUCCUGAUAUGGAUAUCCCGAGCACUUUUCAAGUGAAAACACCUGCUAGAAACAAGAAAUUAAAGGAUGCCUGUGAAGCUGUUGAAAAAACUUUUGGAAGGAAGCAAAUUAAUGUCAUGAAGGGAUCACACGCUCCCAGGUCUUUCAUUAGCGGUCCCGAACCUUUCCCUGCAAUUAAUUAUCGACCGAACAAUGAGCUCCAGUACAUUGACUUCACUGCAGAUGACUUUGGGGUUAAAAAGAAGGAUCCAGAGCACAAACGUGAAGCAACGUUUCGAGAGUUAAAGGCAGCCCAUGAAGCAAAACUACAAGCUAGGUAAAUAUGACAACAUAUCUUUACAGCAUUUAAAUAUUUAAACAUUUUUAUUAAAGUGCAUUUUAAACU